UGACCUCGCAGGAAGCCGACUAUGGCCCAGCCGCCCCACUGCUUGGGUACGGCAGCGCGCACGCCUUAUCCCCUGUUUCCCCACCGCUGAAAUCUUAUCCUCUCGUCGUCUCGUCUCGAUUCUUCCUCUCCCUCGCACUUUCCUCAUCUUCAUUCGCCAACGCAACAGGACGCUGGAGACGAUGCACGGCUGGGUCCUGCCGCGAUUCCCGCCGUCCGUGCACUUCGAUGCUGCGCUGGAGGAGGCGCUGUCGUGCUCGCCUGCGCAAGGUGCGGGCUUUGCAAGGCAGGGCUCGCUGCUCUCCAAGGGGCAGGCGACAGCCACUGGUGACACCGUGUGUCACAACACACGUAUUUUCAACUUGUACACUGGGAAGUCACCAUGGAACAACCCCGCCGCCUUGGAGCUCGGCCCGCCUCCGGCCGGCCACCUCUCCGUCGGCCUCGUGCUCCUCCGCCUCGAUCCGUCCGCCCCAUCGCCGUAUCCGCGCCGGAGCAGCCGGAUCCGCUGCCCAGACCACCAACCAAGAGCCGCCUCUUGCUUGUCCUACGGUCGGGAGGAGGACGACCGAGAGGAGCGCCCAUUGAUCCGCCGCCUGGGCCGCCUUGGAGCACGCCCUGCCUCCGGCCGCCACCUCUCCGUCAGCCUCGCGCUACUCCGACAUGAUCCGUCUGCCCCACCGCCGGAUCCGCCGCCCAGACCACCAACCAAGCGUCGGCCCUUCCCUUUCCUGCGGUCGUGGGUUGAAUAAUAUAAACUGCAGGGUCCUUUUUUAAGAACAAAUCAUUUUUUUAGAUUAGCCACUUUAAAAAAGGACCGCGGGUUGAAUACACAUACAUGGAGGGACUUUUUUGCAAAAUCA